AAUUAGUGUUGCGUCAACAGCAUAAAAUAAGCCACAAAGGAAGUGCCACUUCUCACCUGCUUUCAAUACUUGCAGUGAGAUACAUGGAGGUCACAGCUCUCCGCAUCAGACUGUUGAUCAGUGUGUUGUUCCUGCUGUGUGCAUUUAAUCAGAAAGCCUAUUCAGUGUUUCUUCGAGUCGACCCAAACAGGCUGCAGUUCUUUGAAUAUGAGCCUGUAACGUUCCAUUGUGAGGGGGUCAAAGGGCAAGUACUCUCAUGUAGAACUACUAGUAGGCAGGCAUCCAAACAUGUUUCCUGUUACAUUAAAAAUAUUUUUCUAGAAGACAGUGGAGAGUACUGGUGUGAGGCUGAAGGGGGGGAGAGAAGCAACAGCGUCAACAUCACUGUCACUGACCAUUCAGUGAUCCUGGAGAGUCCUGCUCUUCCUGUGAUGGAGGGAGAAGCUGUGACUCUGAGCUGUGGAAACAAGACAGCUUCUUUCAUUCUCCAAACUGAUUUCUAUAAAAAUGGCCACCUCAUCAGUAGCAGCUCAACAGGAGAGAUGACCCUCCACAGUGUUUCCAAGUCUGAUGAAGGACUCUACAAGUGCAGCAUAUCUGGAGUUGGAGAAUCACCAGAGAGUUGGCUGACCGUCAGAGAGACACUAAAGGCAGUUCCUCCAGAGACUUGUCCGUCCUCUGAUGAUGCGUUCCUCAUCUUAAGAACCGUUCUCCCCCUGGUGAUGAUGGCUCCUCUGCUGCUGCUGCUGGGACUACUGCACUGUGGGAGACUCUGAGGUAAAUAACAAUAAGUCAUGUCCACUCAGGGUCUAGAAGCAGAUGUGCUGUGACUGAAUCGAGACGUGAGGAUUCUCAGAAGUCAAAUGAAGACGCUCUGCAAACGACAGUUUUAUUUUGAGCCGUGUCUACAUUUAAUAAUCCACUGUGACCAUAACUCUGACAAACCCUGUGCAGACUGACCACAUCAUCUCUGCACCUCAAUCAACACACCCUGUGGGGGAGUGGGAGUCUCACUUUCUGUUUGUAUUUUAUACAAUCU